UUCUCCAGGCCAGAAUACUGGAGUGGGUAGCCUUUCCCUUCUCCAGGGGAUCUUCCCAACCCAGGGAUUGAAUCCAGGUCUCCCACAUUGCAGACGCAUCUAAACCCUUCUUUAGAGGAAUGUCUGAUGGAUGGAGUGGCUUCUACUCCUCCAUGAUAUCCAGGAGGAGGGAGAUCUUCCUUUCCACGUGCAACCAGAGGAGGACUUGGUGAAAGCUGACUGACUGUGACACCCUGGGUGCGAAUGUUCCAUCAGACAACGUGGAACCCAGAGAACAGGGAUUAUGCUGUGUUCAGCCCACCUAUUGUCACUGCAUGCUGCAGCCAAGAUGAGAAGGAAUCGGUCCCGUGGAAGGAAUUUCAUGUCUCUCUAGCAGUUCGGCAAGACAAGCUUGAGAAGGAAGCCACAUCAAAACGGGAGGCUCCUGCCACCAUGAGGCCAGAUACAGGACUCUGCUCCAACAAGCUGCGACACGGGUGGACCUGGGAAUACGUAGCUGGCUUCCCUGCCAGAUGCAUUUACAUCCGGAUUUGUUUUGCCUUCCUCUUACGGCUGCCCCCCAGGGAGCCACGCCUGGCACAGAAACACAGUGGCAGCCGUGUGCCCAGACCCUUCCCGUUGCUGGAGAAGCGGAAGACCGCACUGCCUCGCUGGGGACUUAUAGAGCGCACUGCCUCACUGGGGACUUAUAGAGACUUAGGGGGAGAGAUGAACUGGCCCCAUUCCUGCAUCUCCUUUUGCUGGAUCUACUUUGCUGCCUCCAGACUGAGAGCUGUAGAGCCAGCAGAUGGAAAAUAUGCUCAGAAGUUGUUUAAUGACCUUUUUGAAGACUACUCUAAUGCUCUUCGUCCAGUAGAGGACACAGAUAAAGUCCUGAACGUCACACUCCAGAUUACACUUUCUCAGAUUAAAGAUAUGGAUGAGAGAAACCAAAUUCUGACUGCCUAUUUGUGGAUCCGCCAAACCUGGCAUGACGCAUAUCUCACGUGGGAUCGAGACCAAUAUGACGGGCUGGACUCCAUCAGGAUUCCCAGCGACCUGGUGUGGAGGCCGGAUAUCGUCCUUUAUAACAAGGCUGACGAUGAAUCUUCUGAGCCCGUGAACACCAAUGUGGUCCUGCGAUAUGAUGGGCUGAUCACCUGGGAUGCACCAGCCAUCACCAAAAGCUCCUGUGUGGUGGACGUCACCUACUUCCCCUUUGAUAAUCAGCAGUGCAACCUGACCUUUGGCUCCUGGACCUACAAUGGCAAUCAGGUGGACAUAUUCAACGCCCUGGACAGUGGAGACCUCUCCGACUUCAUUGAAGACGUGGAGUGGGAGGUGCACGGCAUGCCUGCUGUGAAGAACGUGAUCUCCUACGGCUGUUGCUCUGAGCCUUACCCGGAUGUGACGUUCACUCUCCUUCUGAAGAGGAGGUCCUCCUUCUACAUCGUCAACCUCCUCAUCCCAUGCGUCCUCAUAUCUUUUCUGGCUCCCUUGAGUUUCUAUCUCCCAGCAGCCUCUGGGGAAAAGGUCUCCCUGGGAGUCACCAUACUGUUGGCCAUGACUGUAUUCCAGCUCAUGGUGGCAGAGAUCAUGCCAGCCUCCGAAAACGUCCCUCUGAUCGGGAAAUACUACAUAGCCACAAUGGCCUUGAUCACAGCCUCCACUGCGCUGACCAUCAUGGUGAUGAAUAUCCACUUCUGCGGGGCCGAGGCCCGGCCAGUGCCACCCUGGGCCCGGGUGGUCAUCCUGAAAUACAUGUCCAGGAUCUUGUUUGUCUACGACGUGGGUGAGAGCUGCCUUAGCCCCCACCAAGACAGGGAGAGAGGCUGUCUUACGAAGGUUUAUGACAAACUUCCGGAGCCUAACCUGAAAACAUCCAGAAAUAAAGACCCUUCCAGAAAGAAGGAAAUGAACAAACUCUUAAAGAAUGACUUGAGGUACCAGGGUGAGAACCUGGAGGAUGGUGACAGUUACUGUGCCCGGUACAGAGUGUUAACAAGGAAUAUUGAAUACAUUGCCAAGUGCCUCAAAGACCACAAGGCCACCAACUCCAAGGGGAGUGAAUGGAAAAAGGUUGCAAAAGUCAUAGACCGAUUUUUCAUGUGGAUUUUUUUCAUUAUGGUGUUUGUGAUGACUAUUUUGAUAAUAGCAAGAGCAGAUUAGUGAGCAUUAGAUAUGUGGGAAUAAAUCAGCAUAAGUCCCUGUGAUCUACUCUAAUGCUCUUCGAAAUCAGAAACAUCUAUAUCCAUAUUUACACACAGAUACACAAAUAUAUAUAAAUUAGGGGUUAUGUUGUCUUUACUUUUUAUUUUUAACUUCAGAUCAAUAUUAUAGAUGUCAGUUUAAAUUAUGCAGGAGGUUCAAAAUUUCAAGGGCAAGACAAUGGAGGAAAUAGAGAAGGGUCACUGUUAUAUCCUACCAGAGUGGUAGGUGGCUUCUAGAUCACACAAUUAUUCUCUCCUUCAGCAGUGCAGUUACAAAGCAUACUGCAUUCUAUUUAAAAUUUAAAGCAAAAGAAAAGAAACUGAGUCCCCCCUCCCCUUAGCCCCUACUAGAACAUGCUUUUUAAAAAAGGAAAAUAGUCAUAUAUUCCUUAGUGUUAAUUUAAGUCUCCAUGUUACCUUUCUCACUUCUCUGGUGCAUUUCAAGCUGUAUUUCAAACGAUGGAAUAAAAACAUUUUGCACCACAUAAAGAAAGUCUAAGGAUUGGAAACUCAGUGGGGGGAAAGAGCUUUCUUUGUAUUGAUGAUGUCAUAUAUGUUGGUUAUGUUUUAUACGAACCUUAAAGAUGAAGUCAUUCCUACAUUUAGUCUUGGGUUUAAGUAAGAUCACCCACAAACUGGGCUGAUUUUUUCAUUCAUUCAAUUAUUCACCAAACAUUUAUUUUCUCCUACCUAUAGUAAAGCUACAUGAUUCACAUUUGAAGUGGGUGUUGUACCAAAUCUUAUGCACAGGUCUGAUCCUUGCUAAUCUUCACAAUUCUGUGAGCUAGGUGGAUAGGUGUUUCUAGUCACCUUUCUCAGAGGAAGAAGCUGUCUCUGAGGAAGGUGGGUGUAAGUGACCUGCCUCCCCAUCCACCCAGGUGCUAAGCAGAGCUAGGAGAUAAACCCUUGGUCCUGUGAGUCUAGGCCAGGUCUGCUAAAGCCACACUGCUUUUUGGCAGAUCAUGAUUUAGGAUGGUAGUGAUUGAGAGAUUUUUUUUUUUAAGAUUUUUUUUGAUGUGGAUCAUUUUAAAAGUCUUUAUUGAAUUUUGUUACAAUACUGUUUCUGUUUUAUGAUUUGGUUUUCUGGCUGUGAGGCAUGUGGGAUUUUAACUCCCUGACCAGGGAUCAAACCUACAUCCCCAGGAUUAAAAGGUGAAGUCUUAAUCACUGACCACCAGAGAAGUCCUGAUUGAGGGAUUCUCGUUCUUAAUUCUAAAUUUCUGCUCUAAAUUACUGCCUAUGCUUCUCCAGUUUUUUCCUACUUUGAGUCAAAUAUGUCUUCAAAUUUCCUCACUUGCAUCUUGAUUAAAAUGAUCCAAGUACUAAUACACAUGCCCUAACUUCCAACCCCUCAAUUAUUCUUUUACCAGUAAAAAAUAAAUGAGCCAACAUGGAGAGAAGACAAGGGUUAAGCUAGAAAAGAAGGUAUUUGGUUUAAACAAAUACACAUUGUUUUUUAAUCUUGUGUUUACUUAUUUGUAAAAUAUUUAUUGUGCACCUACUAUAUACUGAGUGCUAUGUCAGCUUUGAAGCAAACAAAUACAAAAUGUGAUUUCAACGCUUUGGUUUCUCAUAUGGUGCUUGUAGUUCAGUAGAGGGGAUAGUUAAGAAAGCAGACAAAUACAACAUAGUAUAAAAGUGCUAUCACAGCAGCUUGGACAAUAUGCCGUGGAAUAACGAAGAUUAAUCUGUUUGAGGGAAAGCUUGGGAAAGACCUUGUCAGGGUGUACCAUUUGAGCUGGGUUUUGAAGAAUGCAUAGGCGUUUGCUAAACAGAGAAAGGAGUGAGUUGCGGUUAGGAAGAUUUGGGGAAAUAUAGUUUAGAAUCAGAUUAUUUUUUUUCUUUAACUAUAGAAGUACUUUUAUAAGUUACAACUGCAUUUGGCAAUACAUAAUAGAAAACCCAAUGGACCGUGACUUAAGCAGAUAGAGGUUAUUUAUCUACACAAAAAUAAAUCCAGGGUUACAAAGUCCAGGGAUCUAACCAUCUUCCCUUUGUGUUGUUUUAAGGCACAAAAUUCUAAGUUUGCAGUAAUUUAUUAUAACAGCAAUAGAAGACUAGUACAGUACCCAAUGAGCAAUUUUAUGUGUAUAACUUUUUCUGUAUUUUAGAUCAUUUGUCUUAGAUAGAUAUAUCUAAGGCCAGAUUGAGGCGGUCCUAUUGAACCAUGUGUCCAAAAAUGUUGAAUUUUUCCUAAAAACAUCUGAGAACAUGAAAGAAUUGCAAUCACAGAGUGAUAGAGUCAGACUGGUAUUUCAGAAAUGAGAUUGGGGUGGAAGUCAGAAGAUUGCAGAGAAAAGAGAGAAAAGAUAGAGAGAUCUACUGAAAUUUUUUAAAAACCAGUUCAGGGAAUUGAUAAUGAAGGCUUGACCCAAGACGGUGGGAAUAAGAGAAUGAAUCACGAAGUAUUUAUGACUUAGACUGGACAGGACUUGGUGACCUGUUGGAUGUGGGUUUGGGGAGAGGGUGACGUUGAGAAUGAGCCGAGCUUUCCAUCUCAAACAACUGAGGUGAAGAGUAAAGAAGGACCAGGUUUUGGAGGAAAGAAUUCUAUUUAGGAUGUCUUGAGUUGGAAAUGCUUGUGGGGCGUCCUGGUGGAGAAAUUCGGGAAGUAACUGAAGAUGCAUUUGGAACUUACAAGAAAAGUGAAAACUUCACUCAGGUUAGUUGUUAAAGUACUCAUUAAAUGAUUUCAGUGGGUAAGACACAUGUUACAAACCGUAAGAGACUCAGAUGGAUAGAAAUGCAUUAUUCACCAGAGUUCCAGAAGCUUAUAACUGUCCUGCAGCACUAAAGCAAUUCAUUUCUCCAUUCACAGAUCUCCUUCCCCACGCACACUGAGGUCCUCUCCAGGUCUAGGGCCCAGAAACUCUGGCAUUAUUCUCCUUGUAUCCUUUGUGAUAAGGAUAUUCUCUUUUUAUUUUUUGUGGCAAUAAAGGGUGUAGUAUGAGGUCAUGAGCCAUUAAACGCUUAUUGAAAGAAUGAGUAAAAGGAAGACUUGAAAGGUUCCAACAAAGUGCCAACAUGUUUAGACUGUUAAAGAGCCCCCAUCCUAUGCAAUGUACAAAAAUAAAUUCCAAAUGAUUCAAGACAUAGAUGUAAAAAUAAACAAAAGCAAAAGGCAUGUAAGAAAACCUACUUGACUUUCUGAAUAAAAUUCUCCACCUCCAUAAAAUUUAAGACAUGGUUACUGCUUUGAAAGAGGAGU